AUUGGGUUCAACCAAAGAAGUAAAACCUGACCUAACAAAGAACAAACACCCCAUGUAAACGACGUCGUUUACGGAAGAAAUUUCAGCAAAGAAGACCCAUAAACAGUCGAAGAAAAUUAGCAGAGACGGAUUGAUGAUGUUGCAGAUGGAAGGCCUAAGUGAUGAAGAAAGGAAAGCUCUUAGGGGAAGCAAAUUCGCUCCUCUCCCUCCUCCCUCUUCUCGUUCCCACCAACCCAGGUUGGCUCACCCCGGUGGACCAUUGAAGACGAACAAGGCAGCGGCACUAGCCAAGUUUCUGGAGAGGAAACUUCAAGACCCUAAUGGGUUAACUUCCAUCAAUCCCAGCCUUAUUGAAUCAGCAGUCAAAAGCGCCAAGGACACCGUCUCUUCCAGUGGCACUUCAAAAUCUGGAAGAAUUAUUCAUCAUGUUACUUCGUUUGGUGACUCUGAGGACUCUGCUGAAGAAGGGAAAGCAGAAAAUCCUUCGUUGAAGAAACCGAAGAAGAAAAAGAAAAAGAAAAAUAAAAAUAAACAUAAGAAGCGAAAGAUGGUGGAUGAUAGUGAGCAUGUGAAGUUGAAGAAACCCAAAAAUAAGUUGAUCAAGUGAAGGAACAAAUUCUUGGUGGUGGUAAGCAAGAAUUAGUCUGUUCGACCACCUUAUAUCGAAAGAUUAUUUGUGGAUCAGCUUUUUCUCUACUUUUUCCCAAUUGUUGUUAGAAAACUCUUAUUUAAAAUUUUUGGGGCCUUGCAAAGGUCGAGCUUGGAAGCUGUAGUUAUGGGAUAUUUUUAUAGAUCCCUUGAAGGAUAGCAAUUUUCUUUUAUUCAUUUGUGAGCUAAUUUGUUAAUUAUUAUAGGUAUUGAAAUUGCAUCUAUUACAUAGGCUUCUUGUGAAAA